GAAAAUUGCCAAAAGAGAACAAGAAAUCAACAUAGUUGUCCCUAUAGUAUAAAUCCAACCUAAAGUAGUCCCUAUAGUAUAAUGUUUUCCAUAAUACCAAAAGUAACCUUUAAUUAAUCUUAUUAAACAUAAUUAAUUUGGUUUUUUAUAAAAAAAUAAAGAUGAUUCGGUUUAAUAAAAUUACCGGGUUAGAAAAAAAAUCAGAAGAAAAGGGGUCAAAAGCUUGAUUUCCCUAACCCUAACAUCGUUGGUCUCUCCGCCUCUCUCUUUCACGCCGAUAAAGAUGGCGAUUUUGUCUUCUCCGUUGUGCUCCCUCCGGUGAAAUCAACGACGGAACCCACCGAAGCUUCUCUCUCCACCUCUACGUCUCUCUGCUACUCUCCGCCUCUCUCCACCUCUCUCCGCCUCUCGCCGCCUCUCCGCUUCUCGCCACCUCUCUGCUUCUCUCCGCCUCUCUCGGCGUCUUUCCUCCUCUCGCCGCCUUGUCGGUUCUCUCCACCUCUCGCCGCCUCUCCGCUUAUCGCCACCUCUCCGCUUCUCUCCGCCUCUCCGCCUCUCUGCCUCAAUUUGCGAACGAUAUGGAGCUUGAGCUACCCAAACGAUUGUAUGCAGAGGGUUCAGAACCUCGGGUUAAGAAGAUCAACAACAGUUGCCGCAUGGAACUUAUCAGAGAUCUGAAGAAAGCUAUGUGUGCCGAGUAUGAUGAUGUGAAGAGAGAUCCAGUUUUCACACAUAUCAUGGCUAUUGCCGAAAAUGAUCUCAAGUUCUCUGGGAAACUAGUGGAUAGCUUCAUAUGUAGGCAGCUGAUUACCUCAAAGCUGCAUGAGAAGUGGUUUGUUUUUGCGAGGACGCCUCUCCGGUUUUCGCUUCAGGAGUACCAUGCCGUGACAGGCCUCAAGAUUACACGGGAAACUAACAGUGACGUAGUGAAAUGGAAAAACGACGGGGGUUUUUGGAGUAACCUACUGCACACAGGUGGUAAGAUCACCUUGCAGUCGAUCAGAAAGGUUCAUCUACAAGAAGUUCACACCUGGACUCGGCUUGAUAGGAUGAGGUUGAUCUACUUGUGUGUAAUAGUGGGUGUGGUGAUGGGGAGAGAUGAGAAGGUGUCCAUCCCUCAUAUGUACAUCAAGUUGGUGAUGGAUUUUGACAAGGUUCGGAAGUUCCAUUGGGGUCUUCACUCGUAUGAUUUCCUGUUGAGUUCGAUUGAGAAGGCUAGGAAGAAGUUGGGUAAGAAGGAGAGCUACAUUUUCGAGGGUUUCUCCUAUGCUCUCCAGAUUUGGAUUAUGGAGGCAAUUCUAGAUUUUGGAGAAAUUUUAGGCAGAAGAGUCUCAGACAGCUUCAAAGGUCCAAGGUGUGGCAAUUGGAAAGGAGUUGCAAAAGUUUCUUAUGAAGACAUCAUUGAGCUCGAGGACUCCUUAACUAACAAGGAUAACUUCUUCUCGGUCAUAUCAGUGACUGGUAAUGGUGAUGUGUUUCUAGAUGCUCAGUACACAAGGGAGGGUGAGAUGGAAGAUGAACGAGUGGACCUUGUUUUGGAGAGGAUCAGGAACAAGUAUGAUUGGAGCAGCACAGACUGGCCAGUUUUAGACCCUGAAGAGUCUAAAAUGGAGGAACCCGACAGCCAUGAUAGAGGGUCAGAAGCUGAUAAGAGCGUGGAUCAUACGGAUGUUGUAGCAGACGAGGAGACCUCUUCGGUUCAGGUUGCAGGAAAAGGCAAGAGAAAGUUUCUUGAUGAAGGAGCAGAGACAAGAAAGAAGAAGGUGCUGUGUAAGCGAUCAGCAGAAAAGUUUCUGACUUUUGGUCCUGAAACUAAGAGUUUCAUUGAGGGUCUUAUCCGCACAUCUGUCACUUCAUUGGGAGAUGUGCUCAGUAUGCAAAUGGCGAAUAUGGAGAGAGUGUUUACAGAGAGGAUGGGGAAGAUGGAGAUUGAGGUUUCACAGCUCAAGGACGCAAUCAGUUUGACUGGUGAAGGAAGCUAUCCUAGUAAGAAAGAAACUGAAGAAGCUCCACUAAACAGCAAAGCCAAGCAAGCUCCACCUAAGAGCAAAGGCGCUCAAGCUCCACCUAAGAGCAAAGGCGCUGAAGCUCCACCUAAGCGCAAAGGCGAUCAACCUACUCCAACAAAAAAGGACGGGAAAAAGAUUGCUACAGAAACUAAUGAUUUUGAUUUUGGAUUGAGUACACAAGACUUGCGGGACCUGUCCCAAGCUACAUUUGUUGACGGUUUUGAUCUGUCUCAAGUGAAAGCUGAGACGUCAAGUAAAUCGAAACCGUUUAACAUGGCUCCACUGCAGUGGAAUGAUGAGGAAAUGGAUCGAACCAAAGAAGACUCGCCAGAUGCCGCGUUGGUGUUUUUCCGUGAAGAGGAUUGGGAAAAAGUUAGAACUUGGUCAACUUCCUCUACGUAAGUACUCUAUUCUCAUUCAUAUGUCAUGUAUUAAUACAUUUAAAAUAAACGUUUCAAUGUUUUACAAUUCUAGUGUUUAAUUAUGAUUUUUAGGAUUGACUCUUGUAAUCAAAUGUACAUCUUGUGGUUUUGUUAUUAAGAGUUUUUAGCUGAAGAAUGCUAGAAUUUAACACUGUUUUAAAUUAGAACCUUAAGCUAAACCCUAAACAUACCCUAAACGAAACACAAAACCCAGAACAAGACCACAGUCAAACCUAACCUAAACUCCUAAACAUACCCUAAACGAAACAAAAACCCGGAACAAGACCACAGUCAAACCUAACCUAAACCCUAAACAUACCCUAAACGAAACAAAAACCCGGAACAAGACCACAAGAACAUUUAGAAUAACUGUUUUACUAGAUCAUCCCGUAGGAGUAAUGGAAUCGUAUCAAAUGUAAUACACUUAACUUGGCUUCUUGCAAACCAGACUUUUGAUCCAACCCAACAAUCAAACCCGACCACAACUAGAUCCACAAUAAACCUAAAACCCGACAUAUAUAACACCAACUCAGCAACCAAACCCGAAUUUUCCCAUUUUUUUCAGAUCUUCUUUUCUGUCAAUCUCCUUUUUCUCUCUGAAUCAGUUUCUCACACACAUGAAUACUUCAAGGCGACAUUCAUACGGGGUGCCAUCUAGGUGCUGGUGCGGGAAAGGGGUUGUGAUAUUCUCCUCGAGAACUGAUGACAAUCCUUACCGACGGUUCUAUAGAUGUGAAAUAGGGGCACAGGUUCAUAGUCUUGAUUUGUUUUUCGAUUCAAUUACCGAUUUGUUAUGUUCCUUUUUUGUCUGAUUCGAUUUUCGAUUUUGUAGGAUAAACAGCAUGUUUUUUCAUUCCAUUUUACUUCUCCUAAUAUGAUUUUCGUUUCUAUGUAGCGAAAGAAGGAAAAUCAUUUAUUUAAGUGGGUUGAUGACGCCUUGCUUGAUGAGAUUCGAAGGGUAGAGGCUGAGCAAGGGAGAAUUGUGGAAGAGAUUGAAGAUCUGAAAAGUAGUAUCACACAGAGAAUAGAAGAAGAAGUUAGGAAGCAGAAAAAUUCACUCGAAUUAGGUUGCUUAGGAAGCAUUCUAUGGCUUUUUGGAAGAUUAAGAAGCCA